UCAUAGUAAGCUUGCAAGAAUUGUUAAAUUUUAUGUUAAACAAUUUUGUAAAUUUUUAGCUAAGUUCUAGCCAAAUUGAUUAUUUUCCUUUCCUUCUAAUGCUAAUUCUGUACAAAAAUCGACUAGCGCGACCAUUUACUUUGGCUCCCAAAAUUGCCUUUCGCACCUGCCUUUCCUAGUUCCUUACAAAUUUCUGGAAGUGUUAAUCAAGAACCUAGUCGCUCGGAUGAAUGACGUGCACGGAUCACGUUCCCAAUCACGCACAACAAUGCUAAAAACUCAAAAGUGCAACCAGCGACGCCCAAAGUUUUGUUAGCUGGCUUUGUUAGCCCGGUUAAAAGGGGAAGCAUCAGCAGUCACGUUGAGUGGAAAACCACACGGCAAGCAACAGGGCACUGAUUUCCGACGGGUGUGUGUCAGUAUGGCAGGCGAACCCACAUUGGGAUCCCGAAGCUGUAGCCGAGCGACGGGAAGUGUCCUCGUGGGGGCGAAGGUUAGGAUGCGAAGCUGUCGCGGCAUUGAGGAGCUGUAUAAAAGCGGGUGCCAAACGCCUGCCACUGGUAGUCUUCGCCGAGACAUCAACUGUUCGCGUUAUCCCGAAACAAGUUCCCUUGGAGAGCCAAUAAAACUGAAAGCCAGAACACGAACUGAAUUACUGUGCCAGUGAAAAAAAGUGAACUGAACUAUAUUUGAUAAAUUAAGCAAAAAUAUAAACUCACGCCAUGGAUACUCUGUCACCUAACAAUGGCUCCAAAUCGAGCUCCAGCGGCAGUUCAGCGGCCAGUUCCUCCAUGGAUCUCGGCAAGCAGCAGCAGAAGGAGAAGCUGCAUCGUCACCCGAGGAAUGGGCCCAAGAAACUUUCCCGUUCCAGGAGUUUGCUGCAGUUGCUCAGCCGGCACCUGGGCAGACACUUUCACCACCAGAACCAACAGAACGAGACGGUCUACAGCAGCCAGGACGACAUUAGGAGCAGCUCCACGGAUUCCUUCAGUUUGAGCUACGAGCGUGGCAGCCACGAGUGCCCUAUCAACGGUUCCUCCCUGGACCUGGAGCACACAUCCCGGACCUCGAGCGGAUCGGCCUGCUCCAGAUACUCGCCCGGCCUGGAUUACUACGAUCAGCAGGGACACAUCUAUGUGGAGGCUGUCUACAGACCCGGCAGUGCCAUGGAGCAACUGCAUCCGCAGCUGCACUUCGAGGAGGACACCAGCGAGGAGGGCAGCAGCAAUGAGGCGGAGGAUGAGGUGGAGCUGCGCCACGACGAGAACGAGAACAACAAGCCCCGAUCCGCAUCGGCCGCGUCCGCCAAGUCACCGGGACUGCACCUCAGCCGGAUUUCCAUCUCCUCCUCGGUGAGCCGCAUCCUGCAUCACUUCUCUAGUCCGACGGGAAAUGCAUCGAUGCGCUCGUUGUCCUGCAGCAGUACUCCACUGCGUCAGCCCAAGAAAUCCCUGUCGCCGAACAACUCAAACAACAGCAGCAGCAGCAGCUCCAGCUCCAAAUCCUCCGGUGCUCCGGCCGCCAAGAAGCAGGACAAGAAGCAGCAGAGCAUCCUGCGACCGCCAGUCCAGUACGUUUACAUGAAGGGCAUGUCGGGACUGUAUUCCCGAGUGCCCAGCUAUGCGGUCUGCUAUCCGUACACCCUGCAGCACAUGUACUAAAACACCUGGGACAUCAAACAAAUGGGAUGGAGAGCUGCAAGCUGGUUGGGGGUCUUGAACAAUAUACUUAGGAAUUUUCUAGUGAUGUACGAGUAGUGCCUGAAAUCCAGAGAUUUGAGUAGGGGUGUAGAUUGAAGAUAGAGGCUCACGACAGGAUGCAGCAUAUUUUAUAAAUGUGUCCAAGCUGAGAUCGCAAGCCCGAGAAGUGUACCUAAAGCCAAGCCCAGAAAAUCAAAAACUAUCUAUGUGCUACGAUAUACUCCUUAGACGAUCUAAUUGUCUUCGGAUUAUUUAGGGACUUUCAGUUUACAAAGGAAUAUAAAUUCAAUUUAGCUUAAUGAAAAACCAAAUGUUAUUUAGAAGCCUUUCACAUAUCUUUCGAGAAUAGCUCUAGAAAUUACAUUUUCGGAACACCUUAGUUGAAACAAAUAGUUUAAUUUAAAAAACAAACGUUUUUUGCACUUUUGAUCUAGUUUAACAUAUAUUUUGCACUAAUUUCGACGACUAUUAAAACCAAAACAAAACUUUACGAAUUUAUACAACGGCAAAAAAACGGAAACCAAAUUCUUUAAGAUCACAUUAAUAGAGGAACAUUUUACAAUAAUUCACAUUCCAAAAAAUCGAAACUUUUUGUAAAACAAAACCAAUUAUUAUAAAUAAUGCGGAAAUAUCAUGAUAAAAUGUAUAUCGUACGGUAGAUGAU